AUGACUUAUAACAAUUCUGUGUUAGUAGGCAAUUGGAAUGAAGAGCGACUUAAAAAUGAGUAUGAAUUUAAAUUAUUUCUUAGAAAACGUGAUAGACACGAACUACUGCUGCAAAGAUCAAGGACAUUAUUCAGUAAUUUGCUUAAAGAGAGACCUCUUGCAAUUAGUGGAACCUACGUGCUUUACGGGUUUAAUGUGCAAGUGGUGGCAACAGAUAUGCCAGUGAAAGGACAAGCUAAAGGUUCAAAGCCACGGUACGGUUUAGCGUUGUCAAGUUUGGUGAGAGAGCGACAAGUUGACUACAUGCAGAACAUUUGUGAUGGAUGCCUCAUGACUUUGUCACCGAUAACUACGCCUUGUUGCCGCAAUACUUUCGUUAUACUAAGUACCAACGGUGAAGCUUCACGAGGCGAAAAGAUAAAUUAUGGUGACGAGUUUUUGUUGAAGGCUGAGAACUAUGGGGAACCUGAGGCUGCACCACUUUACGUGCGCUUCAUCCCAGAAGGUGCCCCGGCGCCCGCUGACAGAAUGCCCCUUCAGCUAAGCAACAAUCUCGACUCUUGUUGUCGUUGGACCACAGUGCCAUUAUUACCCUGUGACAGGCUUGAAGGAUUAGGGAGUCCAAUUAAGACUAGUACGAAAUUGCUUAUCAAGAACUGUGUCGCAGAUAAGAACUUGUGUGUAAUGAAUCAAUCGUGGAUGCAAACGUUUUUUGGACCGGAAUGUGGCGUGACAUGUAGGAACUAUGUGGACAUACACAAGCGAUGCACCGCCGAGAACAUUUUCUCUCUGGUCAGUGACGUUGAGACGAAGACAAAAGAAUAG